AAUCUCACUUUAUGAAGCUCAAGACAAGACUAGAAGCAGCAGUGGCAGUACUGCACCACUCUUCUGCUCAGCUUUAGACCAUUUUCUUCUUCUUCUUCAAAAUCUUUCCAAAUCUAUCCAAAAAAAGAAAGGCUCAAGAUCAUGAACCAACAUUUCCCACUAAUUCUCUUCUUCCUUCUCCUCCACCAAAAAUGUCUUCUUUCCGCCAAUGCAGCAGACAUGUUCAUCAGAACCAGAGGAAUCCACUUCUUCCUCAACGGCACCCCUUUUUACGCCAAUGGCUUCAACGCCUACUGGCUCAUGUACCUCGCUUCCGACCCUUCCCAGAGGCCCAAAGUCUCCGCUGUUUUCCGGCAGGCCGCCGCCCAUGGCCUCACUGUUGCAAGAACUUGGGCUUUCAGUGAUGGUGGAUACAGACCUUUGCAGUAUUCUCCUGGCGCUUACAAUCAACAAAUGUUCAAGGGAUUGGACUUUGUUGUGGCUGAAGCGAGGAGACAUGGGAUCAAGCUGAUACUAAGCUUGGCCAAUAACUAUGACAGCUUUGGGGGGAAGAAGCAGUAUGUGAACUGGGCUAGAAAUCGAGGGCAGUAUCUGACAUCUGAUGAUGAUUUCUUCAGAAACUCUGUUGUUAAAGGGUUUUACAAGAAUCAUAUAAGUAGUGUUCUUAACAGGUACAACACCAUUACUGGAAUUGUUUACAAGAAUGAUCCCACAAUUAUGGCUUGGGAGCUGAUGAAUGAGCCCAGAUGCACAUCAGAUCCAUCAGGCAGAACCAUUCAGGCCUGGAUAAUGGAAAUGGCUUCUUACCUGAAGUCCAUCGACAGGAAUCACUUGCUGGAGAUUGGCUUAGAAGGAUUCUACGGCCAAUCAUCUUCUAAUUGGAGGACUAACCUUAAUCCUGGUUUCACCAUUGGAACAGACUUCAUUGCAAACAACCGGAUUCCCGCCAUUGAUUUUGCUACUGUCCACUCCUACCCUGAUCAGUGGCUAUCCAGCUCCGAUGAUCAAAAGCAACUUUCUUUCCUGAGCAAUUGGCUCGACGCACACAUCCAAGAUGCUCAGUUCAUUCUCCACAAGCCCUUACUCAUCACUGAAUUCGGGAAAUCCUGGAAAGAUCCCGGUUUCAGCCCCUACGAGCGCGACACGCUAUUCAACACUGUGUAUUCCAAGAUAUACGCAUCUGCCAAACAUGGUGGAGCUGCGGCUGGCGGCCUCUUCUGGCAGCUAUUAACCGAAGGGAUGGACUCUUUCCGUGAUGGCUAUGAGAUAAUACUCGAUGAGAAUUCAUCGACUGCAAAUGUGAUAGCUCAGCAGGCUCACAAGUUAUACCAGAUCAGGAAAAUAUUUUCCAGGAUGAGAAACUGGGGAGUGUGGAGGCGUGGUCGGGCCAGACGGGCUCCGUGGCUUGCAGCUGGAAACAAAGGAAAGCGAAUUGGUAACUGAUACUUACAGACAGGUUUUUUAACUAUAAGUAAGGAAGAAUGUUGGGUUGUUUAAAUCUCUCUUAGGGAUGGAUAAUGUUCGUCCAGGAGGGUAUAGAUUGCAUGAAUCGUGGAUACCAGAAAUUUGAUGCUUAUUGAGUAUGUAAGAGAAUGGUUUGUGGAGAACUAUAACUAUGAAUGUCAUGUUUCUUGUACUAAACUUUGUGUUGUUUUUCUUGGGCAGUGAUGGGUGUUUUAUGUGUUA